AUGCUGACUUUGGAACACCGGACUGACAAAUGCGUCUUUGGCGAUUUCAGCGUGAUGUCAUAUGCGGUUGCACCGGGCGUAUUGACAUUGAGGCACGAGUAUCCUCAGGCAUCACGAGAUCGCGCGCUUGUGGACGUCCGGCUGCUCCUGGAAACGCUGACAGCGAACCAGGUGCAGGUGGGUGAGUGGGUCAAUGUGAUCGGAUACGUCAACAGGAUUGUACCGGCACAGUCGACCAAGUUCCCAACCAGGGAGGCGAAAUGCAAAGAUGUGCAUGUCCAAGCCCUUAUCCUUUGGUCCACCGGACCACUGGAUAUCCAGGACUAUGAGCGCUGUCUUGGCAACUGGGCCUCUAACGUCGAUACAUAA